AUGACAAUGAAACACUUCUUGUUUUUGGUUGCUGCUGCUGCUGGCUUCCUGCCUGUUGUGAUCAUAAGAGCUAAACCAGCUAGCGUUCCAUAUCAUACACUUCUCACUGAGUUGGCAACUGUCCAAGAAGAAAUUGUUACUGUACAUAAUACUCUCAGAAGAGGAGUAGUUCCGCCAGCCAGCAACAUGCUGAAGAUGAAUUGGAGUGAAGAAGCUGCACAAAACGCCAGAAGGUUGUCCGCGCAGUGUGAAUUGAUAGAGAGCAAGGCAGUUGAGAGGAGAAUUACAAAUACCUUUUGUGGAGAAAAUAUGCAUCUGACAUCUUAUCCUAUCUCAUGGUCAAAUGUAAUUGGAAUCUGGUUCAGUGAGUCUAAAUAUUUCAAGUAUGGGCAAUGGAUAUCAACAGAUGAUGAAGUAAUAAUUGAGCAUUAUACUCAGCUUGUUUGGGCCACUUCUUACCUCAUUGGCUGUGGAAUAUCAUCAUGCUCCAAAAGAAGGUCAACUCAGUAUCUCUACGUUUGUCACUACUGUCAUGAGGGAAAUGAUCCCGACAAAAAGAACGUGCCUUAUAAUAUGGGAACUCCGUGUAAAGACUGUCCAAAUGACUGUGAAGAUAGACUUUGUACUAACCCCUGCCUCUACUAUGAUGAAUCCAAUAAGUGUAAGACACAAAAAGAAGCUCUUGGAUGUAGCCACUUGUCAGUUAAACUGUUCUGCAAAGCUACUUGUCUGUGUGACACUGAGAUAAAAUAA